AUGGCCAACAAGAAGAAGCGAAGUCGCGCUCAAGCCGCCAGCGCUGUACCCAGCGAGAUCGACGACCUGUUUGCGUCCUUGAAGACGGAGAAGCAGAAGAAGAGCAUCGCAGAGGAGCAGCAGAAGCUCGCCGAGGAGGAGGAGGAGCGCCGCGAGAAGAAGGAGAAGGAGCGACUGCACGAGCAGAUCAAGAAGCUCGAGGCGCAGAAUACCAACUCGACCGCUGUCGGCCUCAAUCCGGACCCGCGACCUGUUCGUUACGAUGAGGACGGACUGCCCAUUUACACGGAGGCCUCGCUGCAGAUCGGCAAUGGUGGCAACACCAAGGACUGCCCGUUCGAUUGCUGGUGCUGCUUCUGA